UUCUAUCGGGAUCCACUCGCAGAUACAGAUCUCUCUCUCUCUCUCUCUCUCUCUCUACCUGCCUUCCUCGCUGUCUCUUCUUCUCUUAUUCGCACUUUGUGUUUCUGUAAUUCGCACGAGGUAUUUGUUUGCUUCAUUGGAGUUGUUUCGGAAUCUCGGAUCUCGCUGCUUCACUGCUUCGGAUAACUCGUCGGUCUAAGGUCGCCAUGCCGCCAUCUUUCACCAAUGUCCCGAUGGAUCUGUCCAUGAAAUCGCGCCGAAAGCUCCGUCUGGAGGAGUUCCUGCGCCAGAACCUGGACGAGGCUCCUGCAGGGCGCGUGAUCGAGUGGGUGGACCGCGCCAAGGGCAUCUUCAGGAUUCUGUGGACGCACCAGAGCUCGGGGGCAUUCACGCAUGACGACGCUGCCCUCUUUCGCUACUGGGCUCUUGCUCGGGGAAAACCAUCCAACCUGUCUUCAGUGGAGCUAAAGCAGAGUCUGCGAAUGGCCCUGAAUAAGUCGCCUUCAGUAGAGCGCAUAGAGAUGACACAUGACGAAUAUCGAUACUUCAGGUUCACAGCGUGGUCCUCGGCCAAGUCCUCCUCCCGCCCCGUCCCCGUCGCCUCCUCGCAUUCCUACGACAUCGCCGCCGACUUCGCCUCCUCCAGCCCCAAGGUCCGGAAGGUCCAGGACCCCGAGGACGCCCUCCCGCCCACGAGGGAACACCGGCCUCUCCUCAGGGACCUUCUAACCCAGCCCGACACGACCGCCUACGACCCCUACUCCUCCAAGAGGGUCGUCAGCCCCCCUGCCAGCACCGCGUCGAGUGAGGACGCGCUGUCGUGGUGUUCCGGGCCCGAGGACACGGCUCCGCGGUACGCCUUCGAACCCCCCACGACCUGUCCCGUGAGAGACGACCCCAGCCCGCCCGAGAUGGACGACUACUUCGGCCGCCGCGUCCCCACGAAGGACGACCUCCCGCCAAGGAGCAUCGCCCUGCGCACCGACCUGUACGACCCGACCGCCAAGACCGACCCCUACCACCUCUACCUGCACGGCCACAGCUACGACCUCGCCGAGAAACCGAAGCACUACGACCCCUGGACCGCUUGCUCCCCGCGCGAGAACAGUGAGGUGCAGUGCGCGGUCCCGUCCCUCAGCGACUGCCUCCAACCGGGUUUCGAUCACUACCCGAGCUUCUAUUCGAGUAGUUUCCCUUCGGUCUCCUCGAGCUUUCGUCUGGAUGGCUCGCCGCUCUUUAACAGCUAUUUUAUGAGGGGGAGGCACUUGUAUGCCGGCGAGAGGACGUUGCCGUAGACGAACUCAAAUUAAUCAUUAUUUUUGUAUAUAACG